AUGCGCGCUCUCCGCCGCCCGCGGGGGCCCGGGGCGCAGCCCUGGCCGCUGCUCGCCUGCGUCCUGGCCGCGGUGUGCCGGAGCUCGGCGGAUGGCGGCGCCCCAGGGUCGCCCUUCACCAGUCUGCCUGUUGGACAAGACUCGCUGGCCAAAUACUCCAACCUUUCCUUGCAGAGUCAUAACAUAUCACUGACGGAACAUUCCAAAGCCGUGGUAGAAAAGAAUAUCACUUUGCAAAAACCUUCUAAUGUAGAACUGACAUGCCAGUUCACAGCGUCGGGGGAUCCGAGCUCAGUGAACGUCACUUGGAGAAAAGAUGAUGAACAACUUGAGAACGAUUUUGUCACCAGUGCCACAGGAAACACCCUGUAUACCCAAUACCUGUUCACCAUCAUUAAUAGCAAACAAAUGGGAAGUUAUUCUUGUUUCUUUCAAGAGGAAAAGGAACACAGGGGCACAUUUAAUUUCAAAGUCCCCGAACUUCAUGGCAAAAACAAACCACUAAUCACCUAUGUGGGGGAUUCAACUGUCUUGAUAUGUAAAUGCAAAGAUUGUUUUCCUUUAAAUUGGACCUGGUACCGUGAGAAUGGGAGUGUACAGGUCCCUCUCGAUGUUCACGUGAAUGAUAAGUAUGCGGUCAGUGCGACCAAUGCCAAUGGGACAAAGCUGACGAUGACGCACCUCUCGGAGGAAGAUCAAGGUGCUUACUGGUGCCGUGCGGUGUUCCCACUGGGCGAGAGCCGCGGCCGCGUGGAACUGGUGGUGCUCAGCUUCCUGGUGCCCCUCAAACCAUUCCUUGGGAUAGCUGCUGAGGUGGUUGUUUUAGUGGCUAUUAUUCUGCUUUGUGAAAUGUACACCAAAAAGAAAAAGAACCGCCCAGAUGAUGGGAAAGAAUUUGAACAAAUUGAACAGCUGAAAUCAGAAGAUAGCAAUGGUAUAGAAAAUAAUGCCCCCAGGUACAGAAAACAUGAAUCUGUGGGCCAGUGAAUGAGAAGCGUCAGGCCAAGAGUCGUGGGGAG